AUUUACACACAGUCGGUCCAAACCUAUAUAUAUAAAUUCACCAAAAACCUCCCAAAUGUUUCCCCAAAUUCAUCAAUCAAAACCCUAACUAACCACCACCAAAAAAACAAAAAAUGUAUAACAAUAAUAAUAGAAAUGAAUCACUAAUAUUAGAAGAUUUCGGCCAAAAAGUCGAUCUAACAAGAAGAAUCCGUGAGGUUUUAUUGAAUUAUCCUGAAGGUACGACUGUUUUAAAAGAGCUUAUCCAGAACGCCGAUGACGCCGGUGCCACGAAGGUGUGUUUGUGUUUGGACCGGCGAACGCACGGAACCGAUUCGUUGCUGUCGCCGGAGCUAGCUCAGUGGCAAGGACCUGCUUUGUUGGCUUAUAAUAAUGCUGUUUUUACUGAAGAUGAUUUUGUUAGUAUUUCGAGAAUUGGUGGUAGUGGGAAACAGAAUCAGGCAUGGAAAACCGGUCGGUUUGGUGUUGGCUUCAACUCGGUGUACCAUCUGACUGAUUUGCCAUCUUUCGUCAGUGAUAAAUAUGUAGUCCUAUUUGAUCCUCAGGGUGAUUACCUUCCAAAUGUUUCCACAUUAAACCCCGGUAAGAGAAUCGAGUAUGUCACUUCAUCAGCCAUCUCUAAAUACCGAGACCAACUUUCUCCAUAUCGAGCUUUUGGUUGCGACAUGGAAUCUUCUUUCUCAGGAACUAUAUUCCGUUUUCCUUUAAGAAAUAAAGAGCAAGCGGAAAAUAGUAAGCUUUCAAAGCAAGCCUAUUUAGCAGAUGAUAUUUCUCUAAUGUUUAAUCAGCUUUUUGAGGAAGGAGUUUUCUCACUUCUAUUCCUGAAGAGUGUAAUAUCUAUUGAAAUGUUUGUAUGGGAUCCUGAGAUGACUGAACCGAAACAAACUUACUCCUGCUCUAUCAAGUUAGCAGAUAAUGAUACUGUUUGGCAUCGCCAGACACUUUUGAGAUUAUCAAAGUCUAUAAAUUCAUCAGAAAGUAAAACAGAUGGAUUUUUAUUGGAUUUUUUCAGUGAAAGUAUAAGUGGAGAAAAGAGGGUGGAUACUUUUUAUAUAGUGCAGACUAUGGCAUCAUCAUCCAGUAGAAUUGGUUCUUUUGCUGCAAGUAUGUCUAAAGAUUACGACAUUCACCUACUACCAUGGGCAGCAGUGGCGGCAUGCAUCUCAGACAAUAUGUCCCAGCCUGAUGUCCUUAAAGAUGGUCGAGCGUUUUGUUUCCUUCCUUUGCCCGUAAAAACUGGAAUGAGUGUGCAAAUAAAUGGGUACUUUGAAGUUUCGUCAAACCGACGUGGUAUUUGGUACGGAGCUGACAUGGACAGAAGUGGCAGAAUACGGUCUCUCUGGAACAGGCUUCUAUUAGAGGACGUUGUUGCUGCUUCUUUUGUGAAUUUACUCCUUCAAGUUCAACCUAUUCUGGGUCCCACCAAUUCAUAUUAUUCCUUGUGGCCUACAGGCUCCUUUGAGGAGCCAUGGAACAUUUUAGUGGAACAAUUUUAUAAAAACGUUGGUGAUUCCCCCGUAUUGCAUUCUGAUCUUGAUGGGGGGAAGUGGGUGUCACCAGUGCAAGCUUUUCUUCAUGAUUGUGAGUUUUGUAAGAGUGAAGACCUCGGUGAAGCUCUUGUUCAUCUGGGAUUACCAAUUGUUCAUUUGCCUAUCAAAUUGCGUGACAUGCUUUUGAAAUUUGUGUCUAGUGUUCAGGUGAAAGUAGUAACUCCUGAUUCAGUACGAAAUUUUUUAAGGAAAUCGAAAGUUAUUAGAAGUUUAAGUAGAUCUUUCAAACUUGUAUUGUUGGAGUAUUGUCUUGAAGAUUUGACCGAUGAUGAUGUUGUUAUGCAUGCGUAUGAUUUGCCUUUGCUUCCUUUAGCUAGUGGUGAAUUUGGGUCAUUCUCUGAAGCUUCAAAAGGGGCAUCUUAUUUUGUCUGUGAUGAUUUGGAGUAUAUGCUCCUACAAAAGAUUCCUGAUAGGGUAAUUGAUCAGAAUAUACCUCAAAACAUAUCAAGUCGACUUGCGUCAGUUGCUAAAAUUCCAUCCACCAACAUAUUUGUUUUUGAUGUUAACAUCUUCAUUCAGUUGUUCCCAAAAAUUGUCCCAGCUGAAUGGAAGUAUAACACCGCGGUUUUCUGGGACCCAGAAUCGAAUUUGAAUCAUCCCAGUACCACAUGGUUUCAUCUAUUCUGGAAAUAUCUUCGUGGUAAUUGUGAGCGGUUAUCCAUUUUUGGUGAUUUUCCUAUUUUGCCCUCUCUCUCUGGUCAUCUCUACAGACCAUCCACUCAGAUUAAGCUGUUAAAUGUGGAUACAUUGUCUGACAAGAUGCAGGGUAUUCUUGUUAAAGUGGGAUGCAAGAUACUCAACAUAGCCCAUGGCGUUUAUCACCCUGAUUUGGUCAACUAUGUCCUGGUAGCUGACGGUGCGGGAGUCUUGAAGUCAAUCUUUGAUGUUGUCUCUUCAAGUGAUGGUAUCAAGGAAAUCUUUCUUCAAAACCUGAAUGGUUCCGAGAGGGAUGAUCUUCGUCACUUUUUUCUUGAUCCAAAAUGGUACUUCGGAAACAAUAUGUCUGAGUCUGACAUAAGGACAUGUAUGCGACUUCCUAUUUUUAGAGUAUAUGGCCGCGAAGAAAACUUUCAGUACUCCGAGUUAGAAGAGCCAAUUUUUUUGCCACCAUCUGAAUGUCCUAAGUCCUUAUUUGGUAAUGAUUUUCUUUGGAGUUCAUCUGGUACUGAAGAUGAAAUUUUGAAUAAAUUUUAUGGUAUCGAGCGUAUGGGGAAGGCCAGAUUCUAUAAAGAAUAUGUUUUUAAUCAGCUUAAAGAAAUGCCAGGUGAGUUUCGCGAUCACACCAUGCUGUCAGUUUUGCUGGAGUUACCACAUUUGUCAGCAGAAGACCCAACUUUUAGGGCACAGGUGGCUAAUCUGGAAUUUGUUCCAACUGCCAGUGGUUUGUUGAAAAGUCCGGCAGUGCUUUAUGAUCCUCGGAAUGAAGAGUUAUAUGAUUUGUUGGAAGAUUCCGAUAGUUUUCCUACGGGUGCUUUUGAGGAUUUUACUGUUUUAGAUGUGUUGCAAGGUUUGGGGUUAAGGACAUAUGUGUCUCCAGAGGCUGUCAUACAAAGUGCUCGACAAGUGGAGCGUUUAAUACACAAUGAUCAACAACGGGCACAUUUUAGAGGAAAAGUACUUCUUUCAUAUCUAGAAGUAAAUGCAUUAAAAUGGUUACCCGACUUGCCCAGUAAUGAAGGAACAGUGAACAGGAUGUUUUCACGGGCCGCCAGUGCAUUUAGGUCACGUAAUCAAAAAUCCGAUUUGGAGAAGUUCUGGAUUGAUUUACGGCUAAUUUCGUGGUGCCCAGUUUUAGUUUCUUCUCCAUUUCAGUCAUUACCAUGGCCUGUUGUCUCAUCCAUGGUGGCUCCUCCAAAACUCGUGAGACUUUACUCAGAUAUAUGGCUGGUUUCUGCAAGCAUGCGGAUAUUGGAUGGUGAUUGCUCUUCAACAGCCUUAUCUCGUUGCCUCGGUUGGUCAUCUCCACCAGGUGGAAGUGUUAUUGCUGCCCAACUUCUUGAGCUCGGAAAGAACAAUGAAAGUGUAUCGGAUCCUGAGCUUCGUCAGGAAUUGGCUUUAGCAAUGCCGAGGAUAUACUCGAUACUAUUAAACAUGCUGAACUCAGAGGAGAUGGAUAUCGUGAAGGCUGUACUUGAGGGUUCUAGAUGGAUUUGGGUAGGAGAUGGAUUUGCAACACCAGAAGAAGUUGUAAUCAAUGGCUCUCUCCAUUUAGCCCCUUAUCUACGUGUCAUACCCGUUGAUUUAGCAGUUUUUAGAGAUUUAUUUCUUGAGCUCGGGAUCCGGGAGUUCUUAAAGCCUAUGGAUUUUGCCAAAAUUUUAAGCAGAAUGGCUAGAAUCAAAGGUUCAAAUCCUUUGAAUGCACAAGAGCUAAGAGCAGCAUUAAUAAUUUCACAACAUCUGGCUGAAGUUCAAUUGUAUGAUGAGCAAAUUAAGAUCUACUUACCAGACAUUUCAUGCAUCUUAUAUGAUGCCACAGAUUUAGUUUAUAAUGAUGCUCCGUGGUUACUUGGUUCAGAAAAUAAUGCAUCUAAUGUGGCCUUUAAUAUGAAAAGGACGGCACAUAAAUUUGUGCACGGUAACAUCUCGAACGAUGUUGCAGAAAAGCUUGGUGUUCGUUCACUCCGCCGUAUGUUGCUUGCCGAGAGUGCUGAUUCAAUGAAUCUGAGUUUAUCGGGAGCUGCAGAAGCGUUUGGUCAACAUGAAGCUUUGACCACUAGACUGAAACAUAUACUUGAAAUGUAUGCAGAUGGACCCGGUACACUUUUUGAGCUCGUGCAAAAUGCAGAAGAUGCUAAAGCUUCUGAGGUUGCUUUUCUUUUGGAUAACACCCAUUACGGGACUUCAUCUGUUCUCUCUCCGGAAAUGGCGGAUUGGCAAGGUCCGGCCUUAUACUGUUUCAAUAACUCUGUUUUCAGUCCUCAAGAUUUGUAUGCAAUUUCUCGAAUUGGUCAGGAAAGUAAACUCGAGAAGCCGUUUGCAAUCGGAAGAUUUGGUUUAGGUUUCAAUUGUGUUUACCACUUCACUGAUAUUCCCACGUUUGUAUCUGGGGAGAACAUUGUAUUGUUUGAUCCUCAUGCAUGCAACUUACCUGGAAUAUCUCCUUCCCAUCCUGGCCUGCGGAUCAAAUUCGCUGGCAGGAAGAUUCUAGAACAGUUUCCUGACCAAUUUGCACCAUUUCUUCACUUUGGAUGUGACAUGCAACAAUCAUUUCCAGGCACGCUCUUCCGAUUUCCCCUGAGAAAUUCUAAUGUUGCUUCAAAGAGUCAGAUAAAAAAGGAAGCAUACUCACCACAAGAUGUAACAUCGCUCUUAUCAUCAUUUGCCAAGGUUGUUUCCGAGACAUUACUCUUCUUACGUAAUGUGAAAACUAUUGCCAUUUAUACGAAAGAAGGGGCUGGUAGUGAGAUGCAGCUGAUACAUCGAGUCAAUAAGCAACAUAUAGGCGAAUCUGAAGAUGGAGCUGAAACAAAAACAUUUCAGCUUAUGGUUAAUUACAUGCAUGAACAUCGAGAUGGAUCAGAACAAAAUCAUUUCCUUAACAAGUUAAGAAAAUCUAAUGACAUGGAUCUGCCAUGGAAAAGUCAAAAACUUUUGUUGACCGAGAAAAGCUCAUCUGAAGAAAAGUCAAAUAUCUGGUUGACUAGUGAAUGCUUUGAUGGCCGACAUGGUAAACGAAAGUCUGAAGCUAAAGAUAACAGAUCUCAUAAAUUCAUUCCAUGGGCCUGUGUGGCUUCCUGUAUAAAAACUGAAGAUUCUCGUGAAGUUAAAGAGAAUUUUGAGGGGCAGGCAUUCUGUUUUUUACCACUUCCAAUAACUACGGGUCUUCCGGUGCAUGUCAAUGCAUAUUUUGAGUUAUCAUCUAACCGAAGGGAUAUAUGGUUUGGGAACGACAUGGCGGGUGGUGGCAAAAAACGCUCAGAAUGGAAUGUGUACCUUCUAGAAGAAGUUGCCGCACCAGCUUAUGGUCACUUGCUUGAAAAGCUGACGAUGGAAAUUGAGCACUCUGACUUGUUUUAUUCUUUCUGGCCGACGUCUGCGACAUCAGGACCAUGGACAUCAAUGGUUCAGAAGCUUUAUAACUUUGUUGCUGAUACGGGUCUUCGUGUAUUAUUUACUAAAGCAAGAGGUGGUCAAUGGAUAUCAACCAAACAAGCCAUUUUCCCUGAUUUUACAUUUGAGAAGGCCAACGAUCUUGUGGAUGCAUUAUCAGAUGCGGGUUUACCAAUGACAACGAUCCCAAAACCUCAUGUGGAAAAAUUCAUGGAGUUCUGUCCGUCUUUGCAUUUUCUCACACCCCAGUUGCUAAGAACUUUGUUGGUUCGCCGGAAACGUGAAUUCUGUGAUCGGAAUGGAAUGCUCUUAGCACUUGAGUAUUGUCUGCUUGAUUUGAAAACUGCUAUUCAGACCGAUAGCAUAUACGGGUUGCCCCUGCUGCCUCUUUCCAAUGGUUUGUUUACUGGCAUCGAGAAACGAGGGCUAAGUGAUAGAAUAUAUUUGGUGCGUGGAGAUGCAUAUAAUCUUUUGAAAGAUUCUGUUGCAAACCAACUUGUGGAUUCUGAAGUUUCUGAUACUGUUUAUGGGAAAUUAUGUGAUAUAGCCGACAGUGGUUUUUUUAAUGUUUCGUUUUUGAAUUGCUGUUUGCUUGAAAAGCUUUUUCUAAGGAUACUUCCUGCAGAAUGGAUGCAUGCGAAGCAGGUGACUUGGAUUCCGGGUCAACAAGGUCAACCUACUUUGGAAUGGAUGAGGUUGUUAUGGAAUUAUUUAAAUUCAAACUGUGAUGAUCUAUCGAUAUUUUCUAAGUGGCCGAUUUUACCUGUGGGAAAUGAUCAUCUGUUGCAGCUUGUUGAGAAUUCAUAUGUGAUCGAAGAUGAUGGAUGGAGUGAGAACAUGUCAUCACUGUUACUGAAAGUUGGAUGUUUAUUGUUGAGGCAUGACCUUCAACUGGAACAUCCACAUUUGAACAAGUACGUGCAGUCUCCAACAGCAAGUGGUGUUCUAAAUGCAAUUAUGUCAAUUGCUAGUGAACCUAAGAGAGUAGGUGGUCUUUUCAUCUACGCGUCAGAGGGCGAGUUGCACGAGCUUAGAAGUUUCAUUCUUCAAUCCAAGUGGUUCUCUGAGGGAUUAUUAAAUGAUUCUCAUGUCAAUAUCAUCAAACAAAUUCCAAUGUUUGAGACCUUCAAGAGUAGAAGGUUGGUAUCUUUAUCCGAACCUACUAAAUGGCUUAAACCCGAUGGUAUUCUAGAGGUUCUUUUGAAUGAUGAUUUUAUUCGUAUUGACUCGGAGAAAGAAAGAAAAUUAUUGAAAAAAUAUUUAGAUAUUCGUGAACCUUCUCGAGUACAAUUUUAUAAAGUUCAUGUAUUUAGUCGGAUGUCAGAACUCGUCUCUCAAGAGGAAAUUCUCUCAGUUAUUCUUGACGAAAUCCGUGUUUUGAUCAAGGAAGACAGCUCCUUCAAAAAUGAACUCAUGAUGACCCCCUUUGUCCUCACAAAUGGGGGAUCUUUACGAGAACCACACAGGCUAUAUGAUCCCCGUGUACCUGAGCUACAUAAGUUUCUGCAUGAAGACUUGUUCUUUCCUUCUGGAAGCUUCUCUGAAUCACAAACUUUGGAGACACUAGUUACCCUUGGAUUAAGGAAAAGUUUAGGAAUUCAGGGUUUGCUUGACUCUGCUAGGUCGGUCUCUAUGUGGCAUGAUGAAAUGGAUCCCAAUGCUAUUGCAAAAGGGAAGAUAUUACUUGAGUCUUUAAAUGCAUUAAUACCCAAGCUCUCAGGUGAGGAGGUUGAAUUCAACUUUGAAGAGGUUGAGAUUGCAGAAAGUGGCAUCAGCUUGGCAGAUGAUGCAGAGAAUGAGGGCCAUGAAAUGCCUAGAGAAGAGUUUUGGUCUGAACUGAAAGCCAUCCGUUGGUGUCCUGUUCAUGUUGAACCACCUAUAAAGGAACUUCCAUGGUUGGUAUCGGGUCAGGAUAUUGCAGCUCCGGAUACUGUCAGGCCAAAAUCACAAAUGUGGCUCUGUUCAUCGAUGAUGCACAUACUAGACGGUGAAUGUAAUUCAAUGUAUUUACAGCGUAAGCUUGGCUGGACAGAUCGGUUACAUAUAAGUAUUUUGUCUACUCAACUAGUUGCUCUAUCCAACUCCUAUGCACAACUCAAGAUUCAUUCUGAUUUGAAUCCUGAAUUUGAAGUUUCUCUACAGGAGCAUAUUCCCAUUCUUUAUUCAAAUUUGCAGGAAUAUGUGGGCGAUGAUGAAUUUGAAAUUCUAAAAGCUUCUCUUAAUGGUGUUUCCUGGGUUUGGAUUGGGGAUGAUUUUGUAACUGUUGAAGCUCUUGCGUUCGAUUCACCUGUAAAAUAUAGUCCAUACUUGUAUGUCGUGCCUUCUGAGUUAUCGCUUUUCAGAGAUUUGCUUCUGGCACUGGGAGUUAGGCAAAGUUUUGAUGUUUUUGACUAUGCUAAUGUUCUUCUACGUUUACAAAACGAUGUUAAAGGAUUACCACUCUCAGAAGAUCAGUUGAGCUUUGUUCUGUGUGUUCUAGAAGCGGUUGCAGAUUGUCAAUUGGAUAGAGGAAUAUUUGAAUCUUCCAAUAGUCCGUUACUUGUCCCAGACUAUCGAGGAGUUCUAAUGGCUGCGCGAGAUGUUAUGUAUAAUGAUGCACCUUGGAUGGAUAAUUCAGCUCCUAUGGGGAAACAUGUCAUACACUCUACCAUCAGUCAUGAUCUGGCAAAUAGGCUAGGGAUCCAGUCUCUUAGAUCCAUCUCUUUGCACAGUGAGGAAAUGACAAAAGAUUUACCUUGCAUGGACUAUACUAAAAUCUGUGAUCUUCUUGAGUUGUAUGGGGGCAAAGAUUUCUUGUUGUAUGAUCUAAUUGAAUUGGCCGACUGCUGUAAAGCCAAAAAGCUUCACGUAAUAUUUGACAAACGACAACAUGCAUGCCAGUCAUUGCUCCAGCAAAAUUUAGGAGGCUUUCAAGGGCCUGCGCUUGUUGCUGUUCUGGAAGGAGCCACCUUGAGUACAGAAGAAAUAUCAAGCCUCCAAUUUCUUCCUCCAUGGGGUUUGAGGGGUGAUAUGCUAAAUUAUGGCCUAGGGUUAAUGAGCUGUUAUUCUGUUACUGAUCUCCCUUCGGUUGUAUCUGGUGGCUUUUUAUACAUGUUUGAUCCUCGUGGUAUGGCUUUUGCUUCACCUUCAAGUCAUUCUCCUGCUGCAAAGAUGUUCACUUUGAAAGGCACCAAUUUGACAGAACGAUUUCAUGAUCAGUUUACUCCAAUGUUUGUCGGUCAAAAAGUUCCAUGGUCAACUGAUUCUACAGUUAUACGCAUGCCAAUUUCAUCAAACCUCGUUUCAGAUGAGUCUGAGUGGACAGAAAUAACACAGAUAUUUGAAAGUUUCAUCAAGCAUGCGUCUAGAACACUUGUAUUUUUGAAGACAGUUUCAGAGGUUUCAUUAUCUACUUGGGAGAAAAAAGAUUCAAAGCCUUCCCAAGAUUUCUUAAUCUAUGCGGAUUUGUCUCAUGCAACAUUAAGGAAUCCGUUUUCCGAAAAGAAAUGGAAAAAGUUUCAGCUAUCCAAUAUAUUUGGUACAUCUAGUUCUGCGGUCAAGUUGCAUGUUGUAGAUAUAAAUUUGCACCAAAUGGGAACUAUGGUUGUGGACCGAUGGCUUGUCGUACUUAGCUUAGGUUCUGGUCAAACAAGAAACAUGGCUCUCGAUAGGCGAUAUCUAGCUUAUAACCUUACGCCUGUUGCUGGUGUGGCUGUACACAUUUUAAGAAAUGGACAUCUUGCUGACGCACACUCAAUGAGCUCCAUCAUGUCUCCUCUUCCCCUAUCUAACUGUAUUAAUACACCUGUUGCUAUUCUUGGCUGUUUUCUUGUGCGUCACAAUCGAGGUCGUUACAUUUUUAUGUAUCAAGAUAGCGAAUCUUUAUUUAGGGCACAGCCUGAUGCAGGAAAUCAGUUGAUUGAAGCAUGGAAUCGAGAACUCAUGACUUGUGUGCGGGAUGCGUAUGUAAGAUUAGUGUUAGAAAUGUUCAGAAUAAAAAGAGAUCCAUCAACUUCAACACUAGAGUCCCGAGUAACCCAUGCCAUCAAUAUGGCACUGAACGCACGUGGGAGUCACAUAUAUUCCUUCUGGCCCUCAUCCAGCGGGAAACCAAUACUCAGUGAUACCGAAGAUGCAUAUGAUUUGGUUUUGGAAAAUAACCUUAAAGCUGACUGGAACUGCUUUGUUGACCAAGUCAUUAAGCCAUUCUAUUCUCGCCUAGUUGACCUUCCUGUUUGGCAGCUGUAUUCUGGAAAUCUAGUAAAAGCUGAAGAGGGUAUGUUUCUUUCCCAACCUGGAAGUACGAUUGGUGGCAAUGUGUUACCUGCCACAGUUUGUUCUUUUGUAAAGGAGCAUUAUCCAGUAUUUUCAGUUCCUUGGGAAUUGGUGUCUGAAAUUCAGGCCAUCGGGUUCAAUGUACGAGAGAUUAAACCGAAAAUGGUCCGUGACCUUCUGAGAAUCUCUCCAACGACGAUGAUUGUUCCAUCAAUUGAUACUUACAUGGAUGUUCUUGAGUAUUGCUUGUCGGAUAUACAGCUUAUAGAACCAUCUAAUGCUGAUGGGCUGAGUACAUCUGGGGAAGGUAAUGAUCCAGACUAUAAUUUUGUACCCAACCCUGGGCCGAGUAGGCUUUCCAGCUCAUCAACUCUGUCUUCAACUAGCCAAGGAGACCCAAUAGAAAUGGUAGCUAGUAUAGGUAAGGCUUUGUUCGAUUUUGGAAGAGGAGUUGUUGAAGACAUGGGCCGAGGAGGUUCUUCAUCCGAAAGAUACAGCAUGUCAGGUGCGGGACUCAAUGGUCGAACCAGAACUAUGGACCACAAGUUUUUAAUAGUAGCCAAUGAGCUUAGAGGCUUACCAUGUCCAACCGCAACCAGUCAUCUUAUCAAAUUGGGAUCCACCGAACUGUGGGUCGGAAGUAAGCAGCAACAAUCACUUAUGACUCCUUUGGCUGCAAAGUUUGUGCAUCCAAAUAUUUUAGAGAGACCAAUUUUGGCCCAGAUCUUCACCAAUGAUAAUUUGUUGUCGCUACUGAAACUACAUAUUUUUUCUCCCCGUUUGCUUGCCGAUCAUAUGAGUUCGCUUUUUCAUCCAGAUUGGGUGAACCAUGUCAUAGAUUCGAGCCCAGCUCCGUGGUUCUCGUGGGAAAAUAAUUCAAGUUUAGGUCGUGAAGGUGUGCCAUCCCCAGAGUGGACAAAACUCUUUUGGAAAAGUUUCAGUGGGAGCCAAGAAUUAGCACUCUUCUCUGAUUGGCCGAUAGUUCCCGCUUUACUCGGUAGACCUGUUUUAUGCCGUGUAAAGCAUUGUGAUCUCAUAUUCAUUCCGCCUAGACUAAUGGAUGUGGACUUGGAAAAUGCUGUUACCGAGUGGGGUCUUGAAGCUGAUGACAUGUUCAUGGAUUCUUUAACUGAAGAGGUUCAGCCUUACAAAUUGGCUUUUGAAGUUACUAAUAAAAAGCACCCUUGGUUGUACUCGAUGCUUAAUCAAUGCAACAUACCGGUGCUUGAUGUUGCUUUCAUAGAUUGUGCCCCUCCACUUAAUUGUUUUCCUGCUGUUGGCCAAUCAUUGGGUCAGGCCAUAGCAUCCAAACUCUCUGCCGCGAAAAGUUCUGGUUAUUUACCAGAAUUGACCUCUUUUAUAGCUUCAGACUGUGAAGAACUAUUUUCCCUUUUUGCGUCUGAUUUUUCAUCCAAUGGCUCUGAUUAUACACGAGAAGCUCUUGAAGUGUUGCGUGAUCUACCGAUUUACAAAACAGUUACUGGAACAUACAGAAAGUUGAAUAUCCGAGAUACAUACAUGAUCGCUCCAAAUGCUUCCCUUGAACCGUACAACGAGCAAUGCCUCUUUUAUGGGUCAGAUUUCUCUAAGAGUGAACUUGUCAGAGCCCUUGGGGUCACCGAAUUGCAAGAUAAACAAAUAUUGGUUCAGUUUGCAUUGCCCCGGUUUGAUGAGAAGCCUCAGCCAGAACAGGAACGCAUACUGAAAUAUAUCUUCAUGAAUCGGCAAGAUCUCCUACAAGAUUCUUUAGUAAUUGAAGCAUUAAAAGAGACCAAGUUCGUAAAAAGUGCCAAUGAAGAAUCAGGAAGCUUCUAUAAACCAAAAGACUUGUUUGACCCUGGUGAUCCAUUAUUGACAUCCAUAUUUUCGGGUGAGGCUCAUAAGUUCCCUGGAGAUCGGUUUGUUUCAGAUGGAUGGCUUAAUAUACUUAGGAAAACGGGACUUCAGAAUACAGGUGAUGCAGAUGUUGUUCUAGAAUGUGCCAGAAGAGUAGAGUUUCUUGGAGCCGAAAGUAUGAAUCCUUCAGGGGUUGUUGAUGAUUUUGAGGAAGAUUUUUCAGACACAAGAAGUGAAGUUUCUUUAUAUAUAUGGUCUUUAGCUGAAACUCUCAUUGGUGCAAUAUUUGCAAAUUUUGCUGUACUUUAUGGGAGUGGUUUCUGUAAUAUGCUUGGCAAGAUUGCAUGUGUUCCUGCAGAGAAAGGGUUUCCGUCUGUAAGUGGGAAGAAAGGUGGUAAAAGAGUGCUUUGUUCAUAUAGUGAAGCUAUUUUGUUGAAGGACUGGCCACUUGCAUGGUGUGCUGCUCCCAUCAUUUCCAAACAAAGUAUCGUUCCUCCAGAGUACUCUUGGGGUGGUCUUCAACUCAGGAGCCCCCCUCCUUUUACUACAGUUUUAAAACACCUGCAGGCAAUUGGACGAAACUUCGGUGAAGACACUCUGGCCCAUUGGCCUAAUGAGUCGGGCAUAAUAUCUGUUGAGGAAGCUUCUUUUGAGAUAUUUAAGUAUCUGGACAAACUUUGGGGUACAUUAUCUUCAACAGAUGUUUCUGAAUUGCAGCGAGUGGCUUUUAUCCCUGCUGCUAAUGGAACCCGCUUAGUGACUUCUGGUUCACUUUUUGCCCGCCUGACAAUAAACCUUUCCCCAUUUGUAUUUGAACUUCCUUCACGGUACUUGCCGUUCGUCAAGAUUCUCAAAGAACUGGGUCUCCAGGAUGUGCUAACUAUUUCUUGCGCAAUGGAUCUUCUUUCAAAUUUACAAAGUUCUUGUGGGUAUCAACGUCUUAAUCCAAAUGAGCUCCGUGCAGUGAUGGAACUUCUACAUUUCCUCUAUGAUGAAGACAUAGAUUCUAGCUGGGAAUCAGAGUUGAUUGUGCCUGAUGAUGGUUGUAGACUAGUUCAUGCAAAUUCCUGUGUUUAUAUCGAUCCUUAUGGGUCUCGGUAUGUGAGAUAUGUUGAUUCUUCCAGACUGAGGUUUGUUCACCCUGAUGUUUCUGAGAGAUUGUGUUUGGCCUUUCACAUAAGAAAGCUUUCUGAUGUUGUUGUGGAGGAGCUUGAUACGGAAAAACAUCCGCGUACUCUUGAAGAGAUUGGGUCAGUUUCAUUGGCAACCGUUAAGCGGAAGUUAUUGAGUAAUUCAUUUCAGCUAGCUGUAUCAAGUAUGCUCAACACACUACCUAUCACUAAUCAAUCUAAAAGUCCAGAUUUCUCGACAUUACAGGAAUCACUCGAGUCCAUUGCUCAAAAAUUGCAAUUCGUUGAGUCCUUGUACACCCGGUUUUGGCUCCUCCCAAAAUCUGUGGACAUAACCCGUGCAUCUAAACAUUCCACCAUUCCAGAAUGGGGAACUGGAUCCAGUCAUCGAACCCUCUACUAUGUUGAACGGUCAAAAACCUGUAUAUUAGUUGCAGAACCACCAAGUUACGUAUCUGUUCUCGAUCUUGUUUCAAUUGUUGUGAGCUAUGUUUUGGGUUCCCAGGUCCCACUCCCACUUAGUUCAUUAAUUCUUUGCCCAGACGAGUCUGAAACCGCACUUAUAAAUAUCCUUCAAAUCUCCUCCGAUGAAAGAUUGACAGAUAGCAUGGGUAGUGGAAAUGGUUUUCUUGGAAAGGAUAUUCUUCCGCAAGAUGCAAUGCAAGUGCAACUUCACCCGUUAAGACCAUUUUAUAAAGGGGAGAUAGUUGCAUGGAGAAAUCAAAAUGGAGAGAAGCUGAAGUAUGGUAGAAUUCCCGGGGAUGUUAGACCAUCAGCAGGACAAGCACUUUAUAGAUUCAAUCUUGAAACGUAUCCCGGGAAGACUGAAACUAUCCUUUCUUCGCACGUAUUUUCGUUUAGAAGUUUAUCGAUUGGGAAUGAGUCUUCAUCACAUGUGAACUCAGAAGAUGGUGACAGUGUAGUUGAGCGUGUUGACAAACCAGAGAGGUCGAGAGUAGUGGAUUCGAGAAAUCAGAAACAACCAAUUAAGGAACUUCAGCAUGGUCGUGUAUCAUCUGAGGAAUUGGUUCAAGCAGUUCAAGAGAUGUUGUCAGCUGCCGGAAUCAGAAUGGACACGGACAAGCAAGCGCUCCUCCAGUCAACAUUAUCCCUGCAAGAGCGAUUGAAAGAAUCUCAGGCAGCGCUUCUGCUCGAGCAGGAAAAGUCAGAAAUGGCAACAAAAGAAGCUGACACGGCUAAAGCCGCAUGGUUAUGCCGAAUCUGUUUGACUAAUGAAGUAGAUAUUACUUUAAUUCCCUGUGGUCAUGUAUUAUGUCGUCGAUGCUCGGAUGCUGUUUCCCGGUGUCCAUUUUGUCGCCUCCAAGUGUCGAGGACAAUUAAAAUAUAUCGGCCCUGAUGACUUCCAAGUGUAAAGGAUGGUCAGAGACAAAGAUAGAGUUUAGAUUUCUUUAGGGGAGAGUUUUUUUCCAGACAGCUUCCAUGGACAUGGUGAAUUUGAUUGUAGUCACAAGUACAUAUAUCAAUUAGUUUUAGUUGAUACCACGAAUCCACGAUGUACAUAUUUAUUACGCUGUUGUGCAUAGCGCAUAGUUGUAAUUAUAAAAUAUACAAAAACAUGUAAAUAAAGGAUUUUGUAUAGCAUGCAUGGAAGUAUGGAACAAGGUAACAUCAAUCUUAUCAAAGGAAAAUAUUACUUGUA